CGGCUUGUGGUUGUGUGGUGUUUUUGUCUGUUUUCCCGUCGAUUUGUGGUAUCCUGCUCUUUUGAACGGGCGACCCCCGAAUAUAAGCCGAGUUCUCCCUCGCGGUCCCGUUGCCUCAAAGAGGUCAAGGGUGCCGCCGCAGAAACGCAGAGCCCUCUCCCCUGUGAGGCUCGUUCGCCCAACUCCCUCAACUGGUGAGAAGGAAAUUUCUGGAAGGCUUUCGUUUCCUGUGUGUGAGAUAAAUUAGAAGGAGCAGUCACGGAACACAGAACCGGAGAGCCAACGAAAGCGCAAAAGCCGGCACACUCCCGUUUCCGCGGGCACACACCUUGCAAACAGCCGUCAGCAAGGGCCGGUGCGCGGCCCUUGCCAUGCGAGUGUCGAUCUGGCAUCUUCUCGUAUAAAAAGAGCGAUGGAGAAAACGAACUUGAGGCAAAUGCGAAGCCAAUUUCGUUUGUUUUAAUCAGUUGCGCGCGAGAGGAAGUUCUCCCGGCCUCAAAUGCCGGGUGCCCUGUCCGCUUUUCGCAGCUUAGCCAGUGCUCUCGGCGCGCGUCCCUGUCAAAGUGACCCGGCUUUUUGCUCGCAGUUUUUUGGGCUUUUCCUCGGCGAAAACACCUGUAUUUCUUUACCGAGCUUCACUUGGGAUAACCGGGGAAGGCGAUGACUUGCACGCCGAAUCGCAGGAACGAGCUCGCCUGAUAAGCAGUCCGCGACAAGGUUCUUGUUCAUGCCAGACCUGUGGCUGUUUGCGACCGAGGAGAAGUGCCUCCGAUUCCGGUUGGGUUCGCAGCUCUUCUCUCGCAAUUCAUCCACAGCCAGCUCUAAUCGGCGUAAGGAGGCACCGAAGACCAAGUGCACAGCGCUCGUCUUGUAGAGCGCGGCCUUCCAAGCUUGUCAGGCUUCUCUUUUUCCCCGUUCAGCGGCGCACCUCGGUAGCAACCACACAGACAAAGCAACCACUGAGGGUUUCGUAUCGAGGCGGCUGUUCCCAGAGGGAACGCUGGAUUUCUUCGGCGCUCCUCCACUUCACGAGGCGAUUUCGAGCGCUUCGAGCACGUCGCGGGCGUUCUUGCCUCGCCGUCUCCUCACUCGAUGAUGACUGCCCCCUCUGUUGGAUUUGCUCCAGUCCGUCUUUCGGAAGAAAUCCAGGAGACAGUGUCAGUGGUGGAAACUUGCGGCCUCACCGGUUAGACGGUUCUGUCGAACCCACUCACGUUCCUCUCGCGUGUAUCUCUGUGUCGACAAUCGCCUCUGUCGCCUUCUCCGUUCUCUAUCCUCUCUGCAUCUCUUAAUUUUCUGAUUUGCUCCAUUCUGGUGCUUCGCGAGCCCACGCAGCUCCGCGCUUCGUCUCCCCGCUUUGCCUCUCUCUCCUCAACUCGUCCGCAAUUCGAUUUCUACGUCCCAACCUCUCUGUGUCGUGGGAUAGAAGCCUCACACUCCUCUCGCUUAUCUCGUCCGUCGUCCGUCAAUCUGCGUUUCUUUCGAGAAUCAACCAUGGCGAUUGUCAACACCCCGAGCGACCCGCCAACAUAUGCUGUUGGCAUCGUUCCAAGCACCUUCGUAUACGGUUCUCCAGCUUUGUUCUCCUCUUCUCCCUCUUCUUCUUCUUCCUGUUCUUCCUCUUCGUCGUCUACGUCUACUCCUAUGUCGCAGGGAGUCCUGACUGCGCCGCGUCUGUCGGGCGUCUCUGACGGAGCGAGAAAACUGUCGCCAGUGUCUUAUCUCCACAGGGGCUCGCCUUCGCCUGUGAGCCUGGCAGUGAGUAGUGAGUCGGCAACGAUGGCGACGGAGUGCGGUUCUUCUCCCGCCGCUCUUCAUGCAGACGAGAGAGGCGCCGUCGCGAAGACGCCCGUUCGGGACGCAGGGGGAGCGGCCUCUGUUCCGUCUGGCUCUGCGAGCUUGAAGGGGGGAGACAUGUCACCGCCUCUCAGAGGCACCUUCGGUCUCACCACGUCGUCUGCGUCGGCCUCUCGAGAGGCUGCACAGUUCCUGUGUGUGGCGGCAACUCCCCAUGGCUCUAGCCUUCGUGUCGGCCGGCAGAGGGAGAACGGGGAAGCGCUUCGGACCGCAGGAGGCGUCGGAGAACAGCCGUCUCCGCCUUCUUCUUUCUCGGCGUCUCUGCUGCAAACAAGGACACUGGAGACAGUUCCGCUGGCCUCUGUCGAGGAGGCGGCAGAGCCGGUGCUCCAGCGCGCUGACGAAACUCUUGCGAGUCGUUCCUCGCAUGUCGUCUUCCAGCGUCGAGUCCUGUCCGCUCAGCAAGUUCCCUUGCGAUGCCUCGAUGGCAACGCCUUCUGUGCGUGGGUGGGCGCCACCCGAAGCUCCCGAAGCCGCGAGGUCGUCAGUCCAGCUGGGCGGGCAACGGCUCAGGCCGCGGUUUCGAGCCGACGCACCUUGCCCUCUGCUCCGGCCGUGGUCCAAGUUCUCCCCACACCCCAGACUCAGCGCCUUGCUCUCGCCGCCGCCAACGCAGUCAGCGGAGACGGAACAAGACGCCAAGCUGCCUCGCGACCCGCCAGGCCACAGCCCGGACUCGCGACGUCCUCGGCUUAUAUUCGGGCAACCACGUGUCCCGCGGUGGACCGCCGGGAAGACGACGCGUCCCCACGUGCGGGAGGGCCGAGGUUGGGGACGUCAGUGGGGAGCGAAAGCUCUCGAGUCUGCCAGGAGUCGCGGAGGAGACAGCAAGCGAGUCGUGAGGCAUGCGGAGGAGACGCGAAGGGACCAGUCGUGGAGUUGAGGACAGGCGGGCACCCCAAGACAACGAGGAGGUUGCAUGUCGAAAAAGAGGAAGACAUCGCCGCCAAACUCAAGGAACAUGUGGUUACGAACGUCCCGGGGCGCGUGGCGGUGUGGGUGCGCCAAGGAUGGCACUCUGCGCUUCCACCAGUCGCGACAUCCGCGACGACGGCCAUUGCAAGGCAGAUGUGGGCGCAACGCCAGGCACCUUCGUACGUGGUCACCUACGUCCUUCGUUAUCUGCCUGAGGAGGCGCUGCACACCGUGGUAAUCGACAACCGUCAGUUCAUCCUGGCGUCGACAGCGCGGCCAUCGAAGCAGAACGUUCCGCGUCAGCAGCAUCUAAGCCCCGCACGAUUCACCCCGCAUCUCUCUGGAGCUCAUGCGCCGCGCCACCUCAACUGUCUCUCUUCGUCGGGGCGCCUCCCCGCUUGUCGCCCUGCAUCUCCUGUCCCUCGGCGGGAGUCUCCCGCGCCCCCCAGUCUCCCCACCCGCGCCGAGACAGUCGGGUCUGGGGCUCCAGAGGGACGCCAGCGGUCGCCUCAGGUGCCUGUCUCCGGUCUCGGCAGUGCAGCUGGCUUAGUGUUCUACCAGCCGGAGAAGACACCGAGGCCGUGGGGUGUGGGGUACUGGAGGCCGCUCGUCUCCUGCUGCUUUGAAAACACCGCGACGCCUCGCUUCACAUCUCUCGCAGUGCCGCCCCCGGCUCCACAGCCUGGCGCGCGCUCUCAUUUGGCGGUCUCUCUGUCUCGUGCGGUUGCUGGUCCGGAUUGGGAGACUCGCGAGGAGAAGGCGCCUUUGCAGAGGCAGGAGUUGAGAGAAGCGAAAAUCGAGAAUGGAAAAGCAGAGGAGACCUCGGCCGUGAGCGUCGACCACGCAGAAGGCGCGCGGCCCUCCGCAGCUGGCCAGAAGGUCCCUGUGAGGCGCUGCGUCUCUGUCGGAGUCAAUACGAGUCCGCAUGGAGGAUCUCUUCUUUUCGGUCCCGAGUCCCAACGACGCAGAAGCAGUGAUACCUUCUGCCCAACGCAUCUGUUUGAGCCUUCGUCCGGUCGCAGCACUGAGUGGGAACCUCCGUUCCUGGACUCGCGUCUGAUGACGCCCGAGUGUGCGUCUGCUCGGGGUAUGCUUCCUCACAUCGUCGAGUAUUUUUUCUUGGAUGCGCGCGCGGCGGCGCGCCGGGGUGGCAGCGACAAGGAAACGCACACCAGAGUGCCCGAGGCUGAAGCGCGCGCCAGUGGAGACCGCAGGAGCUGCAGGGUCUCUCUGGGCCUCGGGGCCUCCGCAGAUGGGGACGUCGCGUCUCGGGGAUCCUCCCUGUCGUCUCUGUCGCAUCGCGGGGAGUCGAGGGAGAGCGAGGGAGACCUUUCUGACCGACUGCGGGAGCCGGUCUCUGGGACGCCACGGUCUGGGCGACGGGGUCUUUACAGAAGUCUCAGCCACACAGCGGCGUUUGUCGAGUGCCGACGCGCAACCUGCGAAAUCUACGCCUUGGAAGACGAGGUGCAGAGCGACGGAGCGAGUCCCGCUCUCGAGGGCGCCGCGCGCCACCGCGCCGCGCCCGGGGGACCGCGUCGAGCUCGAGGCGCGUCCUUCCUCCCUCAUGCGGAGUCACUCCCCGAGGCCGCUCUCCACCCCACCCUGCCCCCGAAAGACAACGCCAUGGCCGAAUGGCUGCUAAUGAGUGGCGCCUCACUCGCCGGCCUCGACCUACGACAUUUGGGCUGCGCCCCCAGAACUCUGUCGGACGACGCGCGAGGCGACUUGCACAGAGAGACGAAAGGCAAUUCGCAGGACGCUCAGGAGCGUUUGGCCGAGGAGGCGAGGGCCGCGGACGCGGAGAAGACGCCAGAGGGGCGGGAGGCGAGGGGAGAGAGGACUCGAGUGCCAAAGGCGAGAAAGAGUGUGCCGCCGUCUCCGCCUCCGUCGGCGCGACUCUUCGCCGCUCAGAGCGAAGGGGCGAGGAGAAACUUGGCUGCCUCCUUGGUUAGGCGAGUGUCGAGCGAAGGCAGCCACCAAGGCGUAAGGGAGCAGGGGGACUGUUCCGGACGAGUCGCCAGCGAAGCGCAAGAACCCGAAGAGACAGAGAGCCCUCGGCAGGGCACCACACGCGUCAAAGAACUCGCGAAAAAAUGGGACAGAGGCGCCAGCAGGCAGGUCAGCAGACGGUCCAGCUCGAGCAUUCCGUCGCCGCGACACCGAGGUCACGAGCGAUUUGGAUCUGUCUCACCAGACUACGACGACGGAGUGGCAGUGUAUGCGCGUUUUGGAAGUGUCGCAGAGCGUUAUUUGCAGAAUUUGAAGAGGCCUUCGUCGGUGUCCUCUGCAGAGGAGUCUCUUUCGAUUGCGGCUUUUCCGGGAUUUGCUCGCCGAGUGCCCGAGCCGCCGCGAGGCGAGGGCCUUUGGCGAGACGCGAGCGGCCAGGGGCGUCUGCAUGGCGCAGAGUCUGGGGGCGGAGGAAACGGUGUGUCUGCUCUUGCGUCUUGGGAGAAAAUGUGUGAGAAAGAAGCAGCGGAACCGCACAAAGAGGCGAGCGAAGCAGGCGCGCGGCACUGAGAAGCAAAUGCAGGCAAAGAGACGCGCCUGGGGAAAACAAGAUGACAAGGCGGGAGAGACAGUGCAGGAGAGACAGUGCGGGAGGAGACAGGGGGCGGGUGUGGAAGAGCACAAGCAGAGGAAGACCUCCUGCUGUGUGUUGCCUUUUUGCUCCUGAGAAACAUAUCGGGACGGUGCCUGCUCAGGCGGAAGCGAUCGAGACUGUUCUUGAGAAGAAGAGAGUCUGAAUUUCGCCUUAGAACGGAGUUCAAGUUGGAAGGAAACACGAGAGGAAAGUCACAAGGAACGGGGCCCCCCUGGGGGCAUGAGGAAGGCAAGAAGGAGUAGAGAAAGGCGGAGGUUCUUUCUUGAAGGCCAAUACCUUGCUUCCCUAUUUAUCCAGUGGAAAACGCAAGCUUCCAGACCUCUCUGGAAAGCAUGCAAAGUCGCAGGCAACUUCGUCGGCUAACGGUUCCAACGCGGCCACAGCUGAACGGUUGUCUUCCGUGGAAAAGACUCUUUGCAAACGAGAAAUCGACACACAUCGAAAGGCAGUUUCUCUCGAGAAGAGACGACGCGUUUGCGCCUCUCAAGUGCUGUGCCACCCAGUGAAACGCACAACGCUACCGUCUUUCAAUGGAGUUUUACCCCGACAGUAUCGAUACAUAUGCGUACAUAUGUUUUUAUGUACAUCUGUGGAUACGUAUAUAUAUACAUAUAUGUAUAUAUAUAUAUAUAUAUAUACAUAAAUAUAUCUAUAUAUAUACGCAAGUACAUAUAGGUGCAUGUGCCUGUUAAUGUUUAUGUGUGUGUAUGAGUAUCAAAAUGUGGUUGUUUUGGAGUGUUGCGCGUUUGUCUUCUUGUGUGUGCUUUGGGGGGUUAGCGUCGUCCGUUUCGAGGAACAUGUUUCGUCGGCGCGAGGCCUUGACAGCGUGAGGAGCGGGACAGAGACUCUCCUCGCUCUCGCGCUUUUUGUGUCGCACAGCGACCUUGUGGGCUCUCUCCGACAUGCAUGCAGUGAGAAAAUGCCUGUUUCAUUUUCAACUCAAGUGACUGUGUGUCCGGCCCGAGUCCGGAGUCUGCAGGCGGCUCCCGACAUGAACGCAACUGGCGCCUUCUGUCCCUCAGAGAUCCUCGAGAACACAGAAGAUAAAUGAGAGACAGGAGACGGCUAUAGAAAGGUGGAAAGAACCGAAAGGCGAGGAAACAGAGAUACGAAAGAGAUGUAGAAGUGAAGAAACGAGAGAACGAAGAGAAAUCGUGUUGCAUGAGGGUCGAAAAAAGAAAACAGAAGCGAUGAAAGGAGAGACACGGAGAAAGAUCCCCACAGGCACACACAGACAGGCACACAACUGCUACUUACAGACAAACUGAAAAUUGGAGUAGCACUCGUUGGCUAUCCAGCCCGUGUCAAGUUUACAGAAAUAAAUCUGAACAUAAUCUCAAACCGUAUAUUUAUUGAUUGCAGGUUCGUGGAUCAUCCAAUGCCUGCAUGUAGUGACCGAGCCACAACGGCAGCGAUACGUGGUCCAUUUUACAUGCAUCUUUCUAGAAGCGCGUGUAUCAACG